UCCUGGGACUUCUACACUAGAGAUGUGCGAGCCUUUCAUGUCGAUGAUGGAUUUAGUACUACAAGAGCACCCCUUGCUUCAUUACCCAAUAACCCAAUGUAUAGGAGAAAUACUCUGUCAUCAAUUAUGGCACCACAAAAUCAGCAAUGGUGGUACAAACCUUGUGGACCACUCAUCGUAUCAGGUGCUAGUUGCCAAAGGAUGGUCAGAACUUAUGAUAUUCGUGAUGGAGAGCAGAUCCUGAAAUGGGAUUUACAGAGACCAAUGUUGGCUAUGGAUUACUCAAGUCCUUUGCAAUGGAGAAGCAGAGGAAAAGUAGUGAUAGCUGAGACAGAGGGUCUUUCUUUAUGGGAUGUCAAUUCUAUGAGUCCUCAACCACUGCUUUCUGUAUCAUCCUCUGGUCGCCAAAUUUCUGCACUACAUGUAAAUAAUACAGAUGCUGAGCUAGGUGGAGGAGUUCGACAAAGGGUUAGUUCCUCUGAAGUGGAAGGAAAUGAUGGCGUGUUUUGCACUACUGAUUCCAUCAAUGUAUUAGAUUUCCGUCACCCUUCUGGUAUAGGUCUAAAAAUACCAAAGGUUGGUGCAAAUGUACAAUCACUUUUCUCCCGUGGAGACUCUCUAUAUCUUGGCUGCACGACUGUGAAAUCUGCUGUGAAAAGACAAGUUUCCUCACAGAUCCAGCAGUUCUCGUUGCGCAAGCAGAGGCUUUGCAGCAACUAUGUAUUGCCAGAAUCAAAUGCUCACUCCCAUUACAUGGCUUUAACACAAGUUUGGGGAAACUCAAACUUUGUUAUGGGAGUUUGUGGACUCGGGCUAUUUGUUUUCGACUCAUAUAAGGAUGAUGCAUUGCAAUCUUCCAUUUUGGAUCAAAACAAUGGGCAGAAUUUGAGAGAAACAAUUGGACCUGAUGAUUUGUAUUCUCCUUCUUUUGAUUACUUGUCAUCUAGAGUUCUUCUCAUAUCAAGAGAUCGCCCAGCUAUGUGGAAGUAUAUGUUUUAAGUCUUUAUAUCUUUAGGUAGCGAGCUGUGUAAACAGCCUCCCGCAUAAAUGCAGGCCAAGAUUGCGCACAAUAGAAACCGGACCCCGCGCAUAGCGUGAGUUUAAUGCACCGAGCUGCCCUUUUAUAUUUUAGGUAUAGUUGCUAAGUUAUUUUGUAACUUAUUAUGCUUGACGCCCUUCUGGUUUGAGGCCUUUUGUGUGCUAUUUACCGUAAUCCAUUCAGUGUGGAGAAACUGCAGAAGAUUUGCCCUUAUAGCAAUGAGGACAUUGCUAAUUUAUAACUAGCCUUUUAUUUUGUUUUC